UGUGCUUGGGGCGGGGCCUGGCGUGUAUUCGAAACGAAGGCUCCGGCUGAUAGAAGAUGGCGGCUCAGCCACGGUGGCAUCGCUCACCUUGCGCAACGCCGCCCCAGGGUGACUUUUGUGAUGGCACUGAGAGGGCGAUUGACGAAGCUUCUUUUACGACCUCCAUGGAGUGGGAUACACAGGUGGUGAAGGGGUCCUCGCCGCUCGGCCCCGCAGGGCUGGGGGCUGAGGAGCCGGCCGCCGUCUCGCAGCUGCCGUCUUGGCUGCAGCCUGAGAGGUGCGCUGUUUUCCAGUGCGCACAGUGCCACGCAGUGCUCGCCGACUCGGUGCACCUCGCCUGGGACCUGUCGCGGUCCCUUGGGGCCGUGGUCUUCUCCAGAGUUACAAAUAACGUCGUUUUGGAAGCGCCCUUCCUAGUUGGCAUUGAAGGUUCACUCAAAGGCAGUACUUACAACCUUUUAUUCUGUGGUUCCUGUGGGAUUCCCAUUGGUUUCCAUUUAUAUUCUACCCAUGCUGCCCUGGCUGCCUUGAGAGGUCACUUCUGCCUUUCCAGUGACAAAAUGGUGUGCUAUCUCUUAAAAACAAAAGCCAUAGUAAAUGCAUCAGAGAUGGAUAUUCACAAUGUAUCUCUAUCAGAAAAGAUUGCAGAGCUGAAAGAGAAGAUAGUGCUAACGCAUACUCGCUUAAAAUCACUAAUGAAGAUUCUGAGUGAAGUGACUCCUGACCAGUCCAAGCCAGAAAACUGAUCCUGUACCAAAGCUUGAGUGUCCGGUUCAGGCUUUAUUGCUGUCUUCAACAACAAGUGCUGCUUAACUCAUUUCUCAAAAAGACUGGCUUUGGGAAAUGCAGUUUCUAUUUACUGUUAGGCUGAUUGUCCAAAUGAUUUGUGAAGCUGUUUUUAGAAGAUGAGAAACUAAGGAUUCUUCUGUUUUAUAGCUAUUUGCCUUAAGAACUUAGUUUAGAUUCUGAUUGAAUUCAUAAUACUUAUUUCUGAAGAUGUCUUUGACUGUAAAUUUAGGAAUUAAGAUGCAAAGUCCCAUGUGUCCUCUGAUCUAAAGUUGCAUGGUUGGUCUGAAAAUAGAGUUGGGCUUAAUGUUGACUUCUAGUACUCCUGCAUGGAGCAGUUGUUAUGAAUAUUAAUAAAUCUUUUUUUAACUUAUGUAAAAUACAGAUCAUAAUAUUCCAUAGGUAAUGUUUAAUAAAUUGCCUGAAUAAUAUACAA